ACGUUGCACAGCAGCGAGUUGGGCCGCAGUUUGCGCGCGCACGACUUCCUACACUUCGGACAGCUGGAAAGCUCGUCCGCCUUCGCUUCCCAGCACUGGAUGAUGCACACCUGGCAGAAGUGGUGUCCGCACUCGAGGAUCACCGGAUCGCGGAACAGCUCCAGACACACCGGGCAGGAUGUCUCAGAGGAACUCCCUGCCGUCCUCCAUAGCAGCCCUGCUCUUCCUCCUGUCCUGGUUUGGUGGUCUGACCGUCGGAGAGGUCAGCAAGAACUUCAGUCAGUGCCUUGACUUCUUCUAUAACAGCACUCCUCCACGGGGUCUUGAGAGAGCAGAGUAUCAGCCAAUAUGCCAGCGCUACAAGAAUAGAUAUCACUUUGCCAGCCUGUAUCGCCGUCAGCAUCGGGCUCCUUUGUUCUCUGCCUACAAACUGAGUCCUGCGGACGGGAAGCGGCCCAAAAAAGGUUGGAUGUAUGAACCACAGUUGGCGUUUUCCCGUGCCAGUCCUGAAAUGAAACGUUUUGAUGAAAUCGUGGAUCAGAAUGUGGUCGAAAGCCAAGCGGUCCUCCAAGACUACAGAAACUCCGGCUUCUCCAAAGGUCACCUCUGUCCCAGUAUGCACCAGUGGACGAUGGAAGACAGAGAAUCCACUUUUACGCUGACAAACAUAGUGCCUCAGCAGAUCGGCUCCAACUCUGGCCCCUGGAACAUGCUGGAGAACGAGGUGUUGGAGAGGUACAAAAACUUCUGCAUCGGGCCAAUGUAUGUAAUCACUGGUGUCAUUCCUUACGAAUCAGAGACGCACUGGGUCAAUAAGAGAGUGUCUGUUCCUGAGUACAUGUGGUCUGCUUACUGCUGCCCCGAAUUCAAACCGAACCUCCCCAAGGGGAAGCAGCUCUUUCCUACAUAUGCUGCAGUGGGAAGAAAUGAUCCCAGCAGCGGACAGGAGAUUGUGCCUGUUAAUAAUAAAGUGAAGCCUUCUCUACGAGGCUAUGAUGUGAAGCAGAUGACCUUGGAGACUUUGGAGGGCAUCCUGUCCCGGAGGCUGAAUGUUUCUGUCACCCUGUUUGAUGGGAACUGUCAAAACCCUUAUAUAAAAUCCUUUAUAUAACGGUUUUAUUACUUGCUUUUGAGAUUAUUCAUGCCACUUUGUAAACAUUUUUAGUAAUGACUUUCAUAAAUCCAGCGUUUUUCCAACAAACCUCAUCUUUGAAGAAGAUCAUUUUGAAAACGUUGUAGUCAGCCAGAAUAAAUUUGUUAUUUUUCUUUUAAUUCGGGGUCCAUGUUACAUUAAAAUAAAUAGAUGGGGAAUAACCAUAAACUUUUCAGGCUUUUUAUUAUAACAAUAGACUUGGCAAAAAGUCAAGUUUAUGGCAUCUGGACUUCAUGUAUUAUAUGUUGUUGUUGUUGUUUUUUUUCUUCAAUAAAUUAUUCUCUGUUUUAAAACAAUGUUUCAUUAAAUAAAAGUGCAGCACAAAUAAACUUGAAUUGCCUUACAC